AUGGCGCCCACGAAACCAAGCAGCAAGGGCAAGUCCGGUCCCAAGGGCAAGAGCGCAGGCGGCGCCGCCUCCAAGAGCAAAGCGCGCGGCAAGGAACCCGAGGGCAUCUCCAAGCGCAAGCAAAAGUCGCUCUCGCUCGCCAAACCCGGCGGCGCGCAGAAGACCAAGUCCUUCCGCACAAAGGACGGCAAGAAGAAGAAGCGCGUCUACACCGAGGCCGAGCUCGACAUCCCCAAGCUCAACUCGAUUGUGCCCGCGGGCAUCGCCAAGCCAAAGGGCCAGAAGAAGGGCAAGAUCUUCGUCGACGACCCUGCGAGCAUGAUGGCCAUCAUGAGCGUUGUCAAUGCGCAGAAGGAGGGCCAUAUCGAGAGCAAGAUCAUGCGCUCGCGGCAGCUCGAGGAGAUUCGCGAGGCGAAGCGCAAGGAGGCCGAGGGCAGGUUGGACGACAAGAAGGCGGAUUUUGAGGACAGGAAACAGAAGCUCAAGAAGAAGAGGAAGAGGAGUUCAGAGCCCGCUCGCGCCGACGAGGCGGACACCGAGUCGCCGAAGAAACCGAGCAAGAAGGACGGCAAGUUCAAGCCCAAGAAGCGGGUCAGCUUUGGCUGA